AUGGCGCAGCAACGACCUGACACGACGGACGGGUGGACGUACACGCUCACCGGGUUCGGCGAGUUCCUCGAGAUGCGCCGCGUCUCGUUCGCCGAACCGAUGCCGGCCGCCCGCCUCUGCGGCGUCUGCGGCCUGCUGCCUUCCCUCACUCUGGUGCUUCCGUGCGGCCACGUCUUCUGCGAGUCGUGCAAGUCGCAGAUCGAACGCGCGGACAGCUGCCCCUUCGACGGGAGGAAGUUCGCCGACUCCGAAGUUCACUCGAUGAGCAUCGAGCGCAGCGACCUCGAGCAAUGCCGCAUUGUGUGUGCGGCCGGAUCCCGGGUUUGCGGCUUCGUCGGCAAGCUGUCCGAGCUGAGAGAUCACCUGACCAGGUGCGGUGGCGGAGAGACCAGGUGCGGAAAGUGCCAGAGACCCGUGUUUCGCAGCCUUGCCGUGGAUCACUACCGGAGGUGCACCGUAGGUACGCUGGUUGCCGCGAAUGCCGAAGCUGACGCCAACGAACUCGGAGAUGUUCGCAAGACGGACGUAGAAGCCCCACGCGAGUUGAUGCUGGGCAAAGGCGUCGACCUGAAAGCCGUGUCCAGCUGCUUCACCAACGCUUUGGCAGAAAAGGUGGCAAGCCUCGAACGCCAGUUGCAUGAAGUGCAAAAGAAGGCCACCAGCGACGAACAGUCAUCGCUUGAAGCUGCGAAAGAGGCGACGGUAAUUCAGGGACCGUACCGCGCUGCGUCCAGAGCUGGCGUUUUGAUCACCACGUGCAAGUUCGCCAACGUUUACGCCGGACUGGACUCGCUCAACAAGAAGAAAAAGGAACUCAGGAAACCAACCAAUACGUAUUCGCUAGGAGGUUACACCUUCAAUCUCGACUGCAAGUUCUCCAAGGAUGAGAACGAGAUGAAUGUGUGUUUCGCUCUUUUUUUACGCCAAGGUGAAUGGGACGGUUACGUGGAGUGGCCCUUCAAAAAGAAGGUGACCCUGAUCAUCAUGCACCCCAGGAAUGCGGGAAAAGAUGUCCGCUUGCCGGUAACCAUGGAUGAACACGACAUGGUGAAGAAACCUCACGCCGGCGGUUCAAGCUGGGGCCGUUGGACGGAUCAGAAGAAGUGGAAGGACAUUGAACUGCAUGGGUAUGUCGAGAAAGGGGCCCUCUAUGUAAAUGUCGAGUUGGAGGAAAUCGGGAAGCCACCUUUAUGA